CUCUACUUUGAUUCCUAAGAGGAAAACAGUUAGUUUGAUCUUCUUCAGUGGUGUUAUAUCGGUGAAUGCUUAUUUCUGUAGCAAUUAUGAUACCUUUAUUCUCACUACUCUGUAAAAUCUGCCACUAGAAUUGCUUUACCACUAGGAAAACAGUUCUAUCCACUUUUUCCUUCUUUCUUGCAGAUUCCUAAUAGGAAAACAGAAGAGAAGAAGAUUCAGUGAUCGAGGCUCAGCAAAGUGGUGCUAAGUAAAGAAAUAGUUCUAAUGUGCUCCAGGAAAACAACUUGGAUUUCUGCUUGUUAUCAUCCUUCCUCUCUUGGUGUAGCUUGCUUCUUGUUUAUACUGUACAAGUUCUUCCCUUCCCUAUUUGCUCUUCUUCUAAGUUCUUCCCCAGUCAUUGUUUGCACAACACUUCUUCUUGGAAUCCUUCUGAGUUACAGUGAACCGAAUCUUCCCGGGAACAAAGCUGACAAUGAUGACACUGCCGAGGCAAGUUCUUCGCUGAAGAUCGAGUCUGUUCCAAAUGAGAAGGGUUUCAGGGACAAGUCUCGUGUGGGGAAUAGAAGGGCAACUAAGAGAUUGACAGUAAGAACCAUUGUUUUGGGUGACAGAAGGCUCGAUGCAGCAGAAGCCACUUUUGUUGCUUCAAAUUCUUCUAUCGAGGAAGAUAAUGGCAAGAAAGCUUGUUUGGACUCUGAGUCUGGUGGUGCACAGGAUUCUGAUUCUUCUAAGUCGAACACUGCGCCGGUGCUCGAUGAGCUUGACCCGUCUGUUUCCGAAGACAAUUCCGGUGAUGAUUCUGCAGCAUUCUCAGAGAACCAUGCAUCAGAUGAUGGCAGCACGGAGGAGGAGACUGAGAACCGAGAUGAAGAAGAGGCACAGAAGGAGAAAGACGAGGGAGGCAAAGCUGCUGUAAGAUGGACCGCAGAUGAUCAGAGGAACCUCGUAAAUCUUGGGAAUUCUGAACUGGAAAGGAAUCGCCGGUUGGAGACUCUGCUCGCCAAACGAGAAGCGAGGAAGGUGCUGCAGAGAAAUCUGAUAGACCUGGACGACAACAUGGAGAAGGGACAUGGCCAUCUUCCAUGUGUUAAUGCACCGAGAAGGAACCCGUUCGACCUUUCCUGUAGCUCGGAUGACUACUUUCCUGGUUCGGCUCCUUCCGUGCUCCUGCCGAGACUGAGUCCAUUCGAUCUCCUCGACGAUGAUCCGGUAGAAGACGAAAAGAAUUCGAGGCAGCAGGACUUCGCUGCAGCUCCACAACGCGAUAUCUUCUUCAGAAGGCAUGAGAGCUUCAGCGUCGGCUCAGUUUUCAGCGAAUUCAAGCAAGAGAAGCGUGUUUCCAGAUUCAACCCUUGUGUUGGUGCAGAAAAUAAUGAGCCAGAGGAGACAACUUGUGCUGAUUCAAAGAUGAAUUCUACUUCAGAAUCCGAUGAACACAACGCAAAAGCAUCGAGUGACAGCAUGAUCACAGAACAAGCUCAUCAAGCCACUGCAAGAUCUGCAGCAACCCAGGACGAGUGCAGCGAAGACUCGGUAGGCAAUUCACCCACUUCAUAUGGUGAGAGGGUUGAAGCGAUUGACGAGGAGCACAAGUCAAGCUCCUCCACUGCAUCAUCAUCAUCAGAAGAAAAGAGGAGUCCCAAAAUGAGAACUCCUGAAACAACAGCCGUAGGCUCCACAUCCGAUGCUGUGGAAGUGGAAGGAGAGAAUGUUGAUGACAGUCAUGUGGUGGAACGAACCUGUUUAUGAUUCUAGUCCGACAGCAUCGAACUCGGCACUCCAUCAAGCUUUCUCCAUUGCUGGUAAUGAGAGACACUUUGAGUCACUGUAGCAUCUCAGUGUCAUGGUUUCGUCAGGUGGAAGAACGGAAGAAGGCCUCACGGCUUCGAGUCUGGUACUGGUAGAACACCAUUGAAGAGAUGAGUUGUCUAGGAUUCAUGAAGGUUUUGGUGGUCUCAUUUUGC